GUUCUAGAUUAGCUGAAGCAUCUUCGAUAAAUUGGCUGUCUUCGGCUGUCAGUUUAUUAGCAGCUUAGCAGCUUAGUUGUCAAUAUGGGUGGCUGUUGGUCAUGUGUGGCCUGCAGGUCUCACCCAGAGGCAGAACCAAAGGAUGAAGAUGAAGGGGGGGCACUAACAGGUCAUCCCAGAAACCCAACCCAUGCUGCACCAUUUUCUGGGGGACUCCCCAAUGUUUUGGGGGACACUCUGGAGAAAGAGCUCACUGAAGAACCCUCCGUGCCAGAACCUCUUCCAGCACCUCACAUGACCAAAGACAUCCUGGUGGAAGAGCUCGCUGAGGAACCCUCUGUGCCAGAACCUCUUCCAGCACCUCAUAUGACCAAUGACAUCCUGGAGGAAGAGCUCACAGAGGAACCCUCCAUGCCAGAAGUUCGGUUGCAGUGGUGGGAAAGGGAAGAUGUUCCUGCAGACCCUGCUGCACUUCUCCAGCCCUCUGGGUCUGAGUCAUCAUUGUCCUCUGCCUCCCUGGAGGUUGCCUCCAUCCCACCCUCUACUUCCACCUCUUCCCUCCUCCUACAUCCCUCUCCACCUCCUCCUCCUUCCCCACCUCCUCUGGAGCCGGACCUCAGCAACGUAAAUGAAACUCUGCAGAGUUUGGUAGAGAUCCAGGUCCGCUGCCAAAGAGACCUCCGCAGCUGCCAGGAAUGUGUACAAAGCUUCAAGGCACUGAGGGGACAACUGAGGCAGCUAAGGAGCAGACUGGCCAGGGUGGAAGCCACUAUGGGGAUCGUGGUUCCUCCAAAGGAGCUGGACAUUGCUGAGGAACAAGGGGAAGGCAAAUCAAAAGAGACAACUGUGCUACUAUUUACAUAAGUAGCAAUAAAAUGCUAUGUAUAUAUUUUUAAAAUAUUAAAUAUUUGUUUUAAUACAAUGUAGAGAUAGAACAGCAAUAAAACUUGCAUAUUUAUUGUUUAAAAAAUAAAAUGUUUUAUU